CACAGCAUGUAUAAUCUAAAUUUUAAAUUUGAACAGGAAGAAGAUUAAGGCAUAAUAGAAGUUCCCGGUUAACUUUGCUACCAAUUUCACACUCUUUCCCUUCCAUUUUCAUCAAACAAAACCGAAACCCUAGACAGAACCUCCUUCAAUUCACACAGUUGCAGUGAUCCAUGACCAGCUAGAGCUAUAGCACCCUUCAAUUUCCACAUCGUUGAUUAUCUGCACUCCUCAAUUUCCAUUCGCUGAACACACCAAUCAAAAUUUCACCACAGAUUUGAAAUUGGAAGAAUCGAUCAAUGGCUGGGAUUUUGAAGCAACCAGGUGCAUUUGCAGUGACGCCGCACAAAGUAUCACUCUGUAUACUCCUCAAAAUCUACGCUUCUUCUUCUCCGCCAUCGGUUUCCUUCUCUUUCUCUUCUGCUUCUCCGUCUUCUGGUUCUUUCUCCUCUGUUUCUCACCAUAACCGCCUCGCUUUGUUCCUGUUAGCACUCACCAAGUCCUGUGAUGAUAUCUUGGAGCCUAGAUUGGACGAGCUCAUCCAUCAAUUGAGAAUCGUGAGCCAGAACUGGGAGGCAGCAUCCUGGGUUAUUGGCCAGUUGAUGAGCAGACUAUCAUCUCUGUCAUCACCUGAUGAUUUGUUUAAUUUUUUUAGUGAUAUACGAGGAAUACUUGGAGGUCCAGAUUCAGGUGCUGUUGAAGACGACCAGGCUAUUUUGGACAUGAACAGUAACCUGGGGUUAUUUCUCCGAUGUUGUAUUCUUGCUUUCAAUUUACUAUCAUUUGAGGGUAUAUGCUAUCUCUUGACAAGCAUAGGGAUCUAUACGAAAGAAUUCUCAAAUUGUCCUCCUUAUGAAGAACGUAGUUUAGAUGAUUCAAGUAGUAAUCUCGAGACAUAUUCAGAAUAUGAAAACAUGGACUUGGAGAACUUUGUGUACGAAAAGGUUUCAGAAGAAAUUGAAGCAAGAAAGGAGGCUAGUGAAAGAGUUCCGUUCCAUCUUCAUACACCCGACACACUUCUGAGUUUAGUUGAUGAUAUUGAUGUGCCUGCUGAUUCAGUAUCCAAACAGAGUGAGAAAUUUAGAGUAGCUAGUCCUUAUGGAGACCCUCCAAGUAACAUGCUACGAGAUAUUGAUUCCAGUGGUUUUGUAUCUCUACGAACGAACUGGCAGAUACAAGGAUACUUACAAGAGCAAGCUGAUACCAUUGAAAAGAAUGGUGGUGCUGUCUCUUUGAAUGGCUUUGAAAUAAUUCUACAGCAGCUACAAAAGUUGGCACCUGAACUACAUCGGGUUCAUUUUUCGAGUCACUUGAAUGGUCUAGCUCAUGAUGAUUAUAUUGCUGCUUUGGAGAAUCUUCAUUGCUAUUUUGAUUACAGUGCAGGGACUGAAGGAAUUGAUUAUGUUCCUCCAGUUGGUAGUAAUAGCUUCGGAAGAUAUGAAAUUGGUAUAUUAUGUUUGGGGAUGAUGCAUUUCCACUUUGGGCAUCCAAAACUGGCUUUAGAAGUUUUGACGGAAGCAGUUCGUGUUUCUCAGCAGCAAAAUAAUGAUACCUGCCUUGCAUAUACUUUAGCAGCUAUCUCAAACUUGCUGUUUGAAAAUGGUAUCUCAAGUACUGCUGGGAUACUAGGGUCAUCAUACACACCCUUUACAAGUAUAGGUAUUUCACUAUCCGUUCAGCAGCAACUAUUUGUUCUCUUGAGAGGUUCUUUGAAGAGAGCAGAGAAUUUAAAGUUAAAAAGGUUGGUGGCUUCCAAUCAUCUGGCAAUGGCCAAAUUUGAGUUAACGCAUGUUCAAAGGCCUUUGCUAUCAUUUGGUCCAAAAACUUCCAUGAAGCUUAGUACAUGCCCUGUUAAUGUUUGCAAGGAACUUAGGUUGAGUUCUCAUCUGAUUAGUGACUUCAGCUCUGAGAGUUCUGCAAUGACAAUUGAUGGUGCUUUUAGUACAGCUUGGCUUAGGAAUUUACAAAAGCCAACGGGUUCUCUAGUUUUGUGUCAGGAGAAUGGAUCUGGCAGCAGCUCUAAUGUUUCCCAAUUCUGUGCCCAACCAACCUCAAUUCCUGGAUCUGUGCUGCAAGUAUUAGGUUCGUCUUGUAUACUUCGUGCAACUGCAUGGGAGCUAUAUGGCAGCUCCCCACUGUCUCGCAUAAAUGUGCUAGUGCAUGCAACUUGCUUUGCAGAUGCAUCAAGUUCAUCAGAUGCAGCGUUAGCAUAUGUAAAGCUCAUUCAACAUUUAGCAGUCUUUAAAGGAUACAAAGAGGCCUUUUCUGCCCUUAAAGUAGCAGAAGAGAAGUUUCUAUUUGUCUCAAAAUCACAAAUCUUACAACUAAAGUUGCAGCUGCUUCAUGAGCAUGCUUUACAUCGUGGACGUUUAAAGCUAGCCCAGAAACUAUGUGAUGAACUUAGUGUUUUGGCAUCGCCUGUAACUGGUGUAGAUAUGGAGCUAAAGACAGAAGCAAGCCUUCGCCAUGCUCGCACAUUGCUUGCAGCAAAACAAUUCCGAGAGGCAGCUGCUGUGGCACACUCCCUCUUUUGCAUGUGCUACAAAUACAACCUGCAAGUUCAGAAUGCUUCAGUUCUUCUUUUACUUGCUGAGAUUCACAAGAAAUCAGGCAAUGCAGUUCUAGGGAUUCCGUAUGCUUUAGCAAGCCUCUCAUUCUGCACAUCAUUUAACCUGGAUCUUCUAAAAGCCUCAGCUACUCUUACUCUAGCUGAGCUGUGGCUCUCCCUUGGAUCAAACCAUGCAACAAGAGCUCUCAACCUCGUCCAUGGAGCUUUCCCAAUGAUUCUUGGUCAUGGUGGUUUGGAGCUCUGCUCACGGGCCUAUAUUGUUGAAGCAAAAUGCUACCUUUGCGAUACAAACUUCAACAUCUUUGAAGAUCACAACAUUGUCAUAGAUUCACUGAGACAAGCAUCAGAAGAACUCCAGCUUCUGGAGUUUCAUGAAUUGGCAGCUGAAGCUUUCUAUCUGAUGGCCAUGGUGUAUGAUAAACUGGGGCAGUUUGAGGAAAGGGAAGAAGCUGCAGCUUCAUUUCAGAAACAUACACUGGCUCUCACCAAUCCUCAAGAUCAGGAUGAUCCUCUUAUUAGCACGUUUUGAAUGUAUUGUAUUUUUAUUUGUAUACGCAGCUCUGUUUCAUGAGAAAUAGCUUAGCUACCGAAUUAUAUACUACAAGUGUUUUGGUAUAUUUUCAUUCAUUUUUUCUUUCAUCAUAUUUCCAUUCACUUUCUCUUUCA